AUGCAAGAAAUCACGGCUAGUGCCAUCCAGGCCAGAGGUCGGAUUCGCCACCAUAUCUAUCAAACCCCCCUCAUACCGGCCAGGCAAAUCGGGCAUGAUAAUGACGCAAGGGUCCUAUUUAAAGCAGAGAACUUCCAAUAUACGGGAUCAUUCAAGGUCAGAGGCGCACUAUCCAAGCUAUCGUCACCCACAACACAAGGUCGACUGAUCACAGCCUCCUCGGGUAAUCAUGGUAUCGGUGCCGCUUUUGCCUCCAAGGUGCUCUCCAAGGAGCUUACUGUCGUACUGCCCGAGACAGUCCUACAAGCGAAAUUGGAAAAGAUCAAAUCUUUCAAUGUUGAGGUGAUCCUUCAUGGCACUGAAACCGGCCAGGCCGAGCAGCAUGCGCAGCAGCUUGCUGCCUCGGGAUCUUAUACUUAUAUCUCGCCUUACAAUGAUCGUGAGAUUAUCGCUGGGCAAGCAAGUAUUGGACUUGAAAUCAUUGAGCAGCUCGACGAGGUAGACAAUGUCUUUAUUUCCAUAGGUGGGGGUGGCCUCCUCAGCGGCAUCGGAUCUAUUCUGAAAACCCUUCGUCCACAGACCAAGAUCUAUGGGGUUUCCGCUAGCAAUUCCAAGGCUUUGGCAGCGUCCAUCGCUGCUGGUCAUGUUGUUGAAACAGAUCAUUUGCCUACCCUAGCUGAGGCUGUGGCUGGUGGUAUUGAUGAAGACACGAUCACACUUGCUCUAGCGAGUUCAGUCUUAGAUCAUAUCAUUGAGUGUGGUGAGGCAGAGAUCCUGAGCUCUAUUAAAGCUCUUGCUACUCAGGAGAACAUAAUCGCCGAGGGUUCUGCAGCGCUUGCCUUGGCCGGCUUCAAUAAAGUUUCCAAGAAACUGAGUGGUCAAACAAGCGUCAUCAUUCUCUGCGGUGGGAAUGUCGAGCAUGAUUUCAUCACGAGGGUCGAUGCCGCUAUCGCAGUGGCCGCUGCACUGAAUGUAACCGAGCCCGGAUCAACUGGUAUCGGUGGUGAUAUGUUUUGUCUCUUCUACGAUGCUAAAACUAGGAAAGUGCAUGGGCUCAACGGUUCUGGGCGUGCCCCAAUGAGUCUUACGCUUGAGGCGGCUCGAAGACGGUUGGAAAUCCAACAAAACCAACCCGGAAAUAUUUCACUCAACAGUGUUCUAGCGGUCACGACUCCAGGGGCGGCGAGUGGAUGGGUGGAUACUGUCGAGAGGUUUGGGAGCGGCAACCUCUCUCUCGAACGGAUCCUGAAGCCUGCAAUUUCCCUGGCCGAGGACGGGUUUCCCGUUUCCGAGGUAUCUGCGCGUUUGUGGCAGGAAAAUGAGAAAUCUCUCAGAGAAGCAUCUCCCAAUUACCGUGAACUGCUAAAGGCCGAGUCUGAGUCUGCCCCAUAUGGAGCGGUUCGUGCCCCUGUAGCCGGCGAGGUAAUGACAAACCCAGGCCUUGCGCAGACCUUUCGUAAGCUAGCUAUCGAAGGGAAGAAUGGCUUCUAUAGCGGUGAUGUCGCAGAUGCGAUUGUCGAAGCAGUAAAGAAUCGUGAUGGAUUCCUUUCUCAUGUUGACUUAUCACAUCAUGCAGAUAUAGGAAGCACAGCAACUAGCCCAAUCUGUGUUCGAUUCAAAGACCAAGUAGACGUUUGGGAGCAUCCGCCUAAUGGUCAGGGACUCGUCGCUCUCAUGGCACUUAAACUAUUCGAGGAAUUAGAACGUACCAAGAAGAUCCAACCCUUAUCCAGCCUUAGACACAACUCUGCCGACUAUAUACACGCCCUAAUAGAAGCUUUCCGCAUUUCCUUCGCAGAUGGCUCCUGGUGGGUCGGAGAUCCCACCCACUCUGAUGUCCCAAACCUUUUAUCAGAUUCAUACAUCGCGGAGAGGGCGCGUCUCUUCAACACGAAUACAGCUUCAAAGAAUUUCUCCCAUGGAAGCCCCGCCUUCAACUCAUGCGACACCGUAUACUUUGCUGUCGUCGAUUGCGAUGGGAAUGCCGCGUCUGUCGUCAACAGUAACUACCACGGCUUCGGAACCGGAAUCAUCCCGCGUGGAUGUGGCUUCACUCUGCAAAGCCGCGGAGCUAAUUUCUCCCUGCUGCCCGGCCAUCCGAAUGCGCUUGCGCCGGGUAAGCGACCAUACCACACCAUUAUCCCCGCAAUGGCUACCAAUCCAGUGGAUGGAUCAUUGAAUACCGUAUUUGGCGUCAUGGGUGGGUUUAUGCAGCCACAGGGGCAUGUGCAACUGCUGAUGAAUAUGCUUGCCUUUGGGAUGAAUUCUCAGCAGGCGCUGGAUGCCCCAAGAGUAUGUAUCGGGUCGAUGGGACAUCUUCAUGCAGAAGGAGAAAAAGAAAGGACGGUCUAUUUGGAAGAAGGUAUGGACCCAUCGGUUAUAGAGGAAUUACGCCAACGGGGGCAUACAGUUGAGGUGCUUCAUGGCUGGGAUAGAGAAAUUUUUGGAAGAGGGCAGAUUAUUCGGGUGUUGCAGGGCAACGCUUCCCGGACUGUCCUCGAAGCUGGGAGUGACUUUAGAGCUGAUGGUAUGGCUGUGCCAGUAUAG